UUUAUAUCCAUAAUAUAUGUAUAAUAGUAAUUAUGCGAUAUCAGCAAUCAGCUACUACAAAUACUGCUGAUACUGCCGCUGCUGCUGCUACCAUUACUACUGCUGCUACUACAAAUACUGCUGAUGCUGAUGCUGAUGCUGAUGCUGCUGCUGCUGCUGCUACUACUACUACUACUAUUGCAACUACUACUGCUAUUACUACUACUACUGCUACUACUAAUAAUAAUAAUAAUAAUAAUAAUAAUAAUAGUCAUAAUAAUAAUAAUAAUAAUAGCCCUGUCCCUGGAUCUAUCGAUAAUGGAGAAAAUGAUAUCUAUUUUACUUCUUAUAAUUAUCGCUCAUCAUUUAAUAAUCGAAAUCAACUUUAUACAUCAGAUACUUUAAAUACUUCCUAUGAUCCUAAACAAGAAGAAGCUACUACAGAAGAGAUAAUAAAUAAUAAUGAAGAUUUACAUACGAAAAACAGUAAUCCUUCAAUUGAAGGUUCAUUGAAAUAUAAUUUUAUCUCGAAUGAAUCCUCUACAGAAAAUCCCUGGACUGAUGAUAGUAAUAAAUCCUCUUUAUCAAUAGAGUUAUCUUCUAAUUUUGAAGAAAAUAUAAAAUCACUUAGUAGAGAUAGAAAACGUAGCAGUCAUUAUCAACUACAACAACGUGAACGUAAACGUAUUAAAGAUGGUGAAUAAGACUCAACAUAUAAAUAUCUACAUGUACUUUUUUUUUUUGAAAUAUACUUUUAUUCAAAUAAAAAGCGUAAGCUCUAUUUUGUGGUUCUUUUUAAAGCUAACAAGAAAUGCAUGUAUGUAGGUAUAAAGGUCGGUAAUUCAAACAUGUGUGCAGCACAAAAAUCGUUACUUGCCACUACUAAAUAAAUAAAGAGAGAGAAUAUAUUUUACCUUCAUUUUAUAUGAUGACAACACAGUAUCAUCUCUAUUGAAUGAAACUCAAAAAUGUAAUAUAAUAGCUCAUAUUGCUAAAAUAUUUACUUGGCAUCAAUGUGAACAAACUUUUAGUUGUAUACAUAAUUUAAAAUCUCAUUUAACGACUCAUUCACAAGAUAGAUCAUUUCAGGUAUAUUUCUCAUUUAUUAUGAUUUUUGGAAUAUAUUUAUUUAUAUACAUGGGUUUCUUUUUUUUUUCUUUUCCUU